AGGGACCAUGCUGGACGGCACCACCAGGUUCACCUGCAGAGGAAAGCCAAUCCACAACUUCAUUAAUUCCAGCACGUUCUCGCAGUACACUGUGGUAGAUGAGAUAGCAGUGGCUAAAAUUGAUGGAGCUGCACCACUGGAGAAAGUCUGCCUCAUCGGCUGUGGGUUCUCAACCGGCUAUGGCUCUGCUGUCAAAGUCGCCAAGGUGACCCCAGGAUCCAGCUGUGCUGUGUUUGGCCUUGGAGGGGUCGGUCUGUCUGUCAUCAUUGGCUGUAAAACAGCUGGAGCAGCCAGGAUCAUUGCUGUGGACAUCAACAAAGACAAAUUUGCAAAGGCCAAAGAACUGGGUGCAACCGAGUGCAUCAACCCUCUAGAUUACAACAAACCUAUUGAGGAGGUGCUCCAGGAAAUGACCGAUGGAGGGGUGGACUUUUCCUUUGAAGUAAUCGGUCGGCUGGACACCAUGAUGUCUGCCCUGUUAAGCUGCCAUGCAGCAUGUGGUGUAAGUGUCAUUGUGGGGGUACCUCCUAACGCCCAAAACCUCUCGGUGAACCCCAUGUUGCUGUUGCUGGGUCACACCUGGAAAGGAGCAAUAUUUGGUGGGUAUAAGAGUAAAGAUGCUGUCCCCAAACUUGUGGCUGACUUUAUGGCUAAGAAGUUUCCACUGGAACCAUUAAUUACCCAUGUUUUACCUUUUGAAAACAUAAAUGAAGCAUUCGAUCUGCUUCGUGCAGGAAAGAGUAUCCGCACUGUCCUGACGUUCUGAGACCAUAGUGACGCCUUCCUACUGCUGACACCUCCACCCCACUAAAUCACAGCACCAGUCAC